CGCCUCCCCCUGCGCCGGGCGGAGCGGGCGGCGAGCGCGGAGCCGGGCGCGCUGUGGCGGAGCCGGGGCCGGGCCGGGACCAUGGGCGGCCUUUGCCCCGCAGCCUCCGGUGGGUGCCUCCCUUCACCCGCGCUGCGUCCUGCUUCUCCACCUCCAGCCCCGCACCUCGCCUGCCUCCAUCCGCGGUCCCGCCCCUCCAGCCCGCUCCUGCCCGGCCCCCGCACGCCUGCCGCCUGAUUCCUGCCGGAACUGGAGCUCGCAGGAUCCCCCUUCCACGGCCGUGGCGAGCCAGCUGGUCUCCAGAAGGCCCGCGGGUGAACCCGAGUGUGGAGCAGGCAGUGCCCAGCCAGCCUCGCAGACGUGACGUGACUGCGGACGGAGCUUGGCAACAACUCCUCCUCGGAGGUGUUGGUGCCCCGUCAGGACAUCUGUGCGAAGAGGAUCUAAAGCAGGUGGUUUGAAAAGCCUCGUGUUCCCUGGAGAGAGGUGGAGAUGCAGGGUGACAGCCAGAAAGCCAGUGCAUGAACCUGCCCCAUCCCUUCUCCUGGCUUUCAUACAUUUCAGCUGUGAGCUUCAAGAUGGCAGAAACUGUGUCCUGUAUCCUGUGUCCUCAGCACUUUCGAUGGUGCUCAACACGUAUUGGCUUUGGGGAAAUAUGUUGUUUUGAAUCAACGGAUUGACUGGAUGAGUGAAGCGGUUUCGGCCUUCAGAACCCAGCCUGCAGGUUAGCUGGAAUUUGAAUAACUGGAAUGUGAAUGGCUGCUGGGAGCUCACAGCCCCCUUGGUGCUGUCCAGGAGGUCUGGAAUCUAUCAGGCUCUCACUCAUCAGACUUUAAGGAUGUGUUCCUGAUUCGAGGUGAAACCAUGAAGAGAAGAUAAAACAAAUAAUAAUGCUUUUCCGCAAUCGCUUCGUGCUGCUGCUGGCCCUGGCUGCGCUGCUGGCCUUCGUGAGCCUCAGCCUUCAGUUCUUCCACCUGAUCCCAGUGUCGGCAGCUAAGAAUGGAGUCACUGGCAAGAAUCGAAAGAGGAUCAUGCCUGACCCGGUGACGGAGCCCCCCGUGAUGGACCCCGUUUACGAAGCCCUUUUGUACUGCAACAUUCCACGUGUGGCCGAGCGCAGCAUGGAAGGUCACGCUCCGCAUCAUUUUAAGCUGGUCUCAGUGCAUGUGUUCAUUCGACACGGGGACAGGUACCCCCUGUAUGUCAUUCCCAAAACGAAGCGCCCAGAAAUUGACUGCACUCUGGUGGCUAACAGGAAACCGUAUCACCCUAAACUGGAGGCUUUCGUGAGUCACAUGUCCAAGGGAUCUGGAGCCUCUUUCGAAAGCCCCCUGCACUCCCUGCCUCUUUAUCCCAGCCACCAGCUGUGUGAGAUGGGGGAGCUCACACAGACAGGGGUUGUGCAGCAUCUGCAGAAUGGCCAGCUGCUGAGGGACGUCUACCUGAAGAAACACAGACUCCUGCCCAGUGACUGGUCCACAGAGCAGCUUCGCUUAGAGACCACUGGCAAAAGCCGGACGCUGCAGAGUGGGCUGGCUCUGCUUUAUGGCUUUCUCCCAGAUUUUGACUGGAAGAAGAUUUAUUUCCGGCACCAGCCCAGCGCUCUGUUCUGCUCCGGGAACUGCUACUGCCCACUGAGGAACCAGUACCUAGAAAAGGAGCAGCGUCGGCAGUACCUGUUGCGUUUGAAAAACAGGCAGCUGGAGAGGACCUACGAGGAGAUGGCCAGGAUCGUGGACACCUCCACCAAGCAGCUCCGGGCUGCCAACCCCAUAGACGCCAUGCUCUGCCUCUUCUGCCACAACGUCAGCUUCCCCUGCACCAGGAAUGGCUGUGUUAACAUGGAGCACUUCAAGGUGAUCAAGAGGCAUCAGAUAGAGGACGAGAGCGAGAGGCGGGAGAAGAAACUGUAUCUGGGGUACGCGCUCCUGGGCGCCCACCCCAUCCUGAACCAGACCGUGGGCCGCAUGCGGCGCGCGGCAGAGGGCCAGAAGGAAGAGCUCUUUGCUCUCUCCUCUGCUCACGACGUCACUCUGGCCCCGAUUCUCAGUGCCUUGGGCCUUACAGAAGCCAGGUUCCCGAGGUUCGCGGCCAGGUUGAUCUUUGAGCUCUGGCAAGACAGAGAGAAGCCCGGCGAGCACUCCGUCCGGAUUCUCUACGACGGUGUCGAUGUCACGUUCCACACCUCGUUCUGCCAGGAUCACCACAAGCGGUCUCCCAAGCCCAUGUGCCCCCUCGAAAACUUCGUCCGCUUUGUGAAAAGGGACAUGUUCGUGGCCCUGGGUAGUGGUAGCACUAAUUAUUUUGACGCGUGUCACAGGGAAGGAUCCUAAAAGGUACGUGGUGCGGUGCUAACAGAAUCUAUGCCAAUACAGAGGGAUGGGAAAGGUCCACUUCUAGUUCUUUUGGUUGCUAAGGGUACAAGGUGAUUUUUAAAGGCCGGAAAUCAUGCUUGGGGGCCACAUAGAUUUAGGGUUGAACAGUGAAUAUGUUGCUGUAAUUGGGUACUUGAGUUACUUGGUACACAAUGGCCAGUUCACAGAGAAAGGAAGGUACUUUAUCAUAGCCAGACUUUGCUUAGGAUGCCAGAACAAUGCGGCAGUACCCAAAGCUGCCAGUCCACAUAUGUGUUCUUCUGAUCUGCCUUGGUACUGUAUGAUGGAACCAGCAAACCUCAGCCAGAAGCUUCUUCAUCUGGGACAGUCUUACCUUGUCCUUGUUCAGUGAACAAUUUCCUGAAGUGAUUUAUCUAAAAUAGGAGUAGGCAAACUUUUUCUGUAAAGGGCCAAAUAGUAAAUAUUGUAGACCUUGUGGAGUCAAAGGCCACAUACAGCAUCUGUCACAGCUACUCGAUUCUGCUCUUGUAACUUGAAGGCAGCGACAGACAGCAUGUGAAUGAAUAAGCAUGGCUGUGUUCCUAGGCUGCAUAGAACAGGCACUGGGCCAGGUGUGGCCCGAGGGCUGUAGUUUGCUGAUCCCUGUUCUAAAAGCUAGGCUCUACUACAAUUGCACUUGCAGCACUUUGCGAGAGAACCAGUUGCAUACCCAGAAUUAUUCAGUGGUGCCUCCAGUAACUUCUGCUAGAAACACAGAAUCUGGUCUGUAUCCGACACUAUAACACAACUUGAGGGGAAAUAAACAUUGAGUCAAAAUGAAUCAUAGAAAAAUUAUUAGAAUAUUCCUUGAUGUUCAUGAUGAUGAUGGUAUAAGAUAGUUCUGAGUAUGUCUUAAAUAUUUGUCUGCUGUAGUCUAUUUGCUGUACAUGCUGAAAUUUUUGUAUUCCAUUUAGUAUUUUUAUAGUCUAGGGAAAUAUUUUCUAAGACGAGUUUUAGAUGUGCUCUGAUUCCUCUGAAAUAUUCAGUUUACUGUAUCUGCUUGGGGGUUAGAAGGGAGCCAGAAGCUGAAUUCAGGCACUUUCUUCCAGUAAAACUAAUUAUGGCUCAUUGCCUUCGACGAGCAGUAGAAUUGGAUCGAUUUUUAAACCAUUUUCGUGUUUCAAAUGGUACAUUGAAUUGAGUUUUAAAUAAGUUUUUGGAAGAAGUUUGUUACUAGAUAAAUAAUCUUUAUAAGGUAUUUUAUAUAUUAGAAGCAAUUAUAAUUAAGUCUGUGAUUUCUGACUAAAAUGGUGCUAGUUCUGUGCGAAGAAAUAUAAAGUGAGAUUCCCCGAUGUCGCUGGUAUUCCAGCCUUUUCUGUUUGGUUUUUGUCCAGUGUUGCAUUUGACUACAUCCGUUUCUAUUAAUAAAUUUUUGAAGAUUACUCGUACACACAA